AUGGCUGCCAGCAGAGUGGUUUGUUCCAUUGCAUUUGCUUUUCUGCUUUUUGCUUUGGCAGCGGCAAGUUUGGAAAGCAAGAAGAUGGCCGAAGAACUGUCACUGGGAAAUCCAAUUGAUUUGGGGAGGAUAAAUGAGGACAUGGCUGAGCUACUAUGGCUAAAUUGUGGGCUAAAGGUGAUUUGUGCAAACGAAGUGGUUGAAGACCUUGAAUUAUAUGCCCCAGACUAUAAGUACUGUGGCAGCACUGAAAUAAUUUCUGAAAUUAAGGUAUCCGCGAAAGAAAACAUACAAAAAACUGUCAGUAUCUUGCAUCCCCAGGUUAAGCAAACUCUUCUGGAUUGUGUGAGGAAGAAAAAUCUCAUGUUCCUGGUCUCUGGAGAAGAGAGAAGCUCUAAAAGUUGGUACACCAAGUACCUCGAGUCCUGGUUUGGGGGAUCUGACGCUCCUGGACGACGUGAAUUGCUUCAGAAUUUUGAAGAAGCACCUGCCCCGUCCCCUGCAUCAUCACCUGUUUCUAGUCCAGAACCUUCCAUUGAUCCACCACCUUCAAGUUCUGUACUUCCUAAGCCUCAGCGGCCUACUGGUCCUCUGUCACGGCCAUUGUUUGCACCAGAUUUUAAAGAUUCAAGCAUGCAACCUACAUCUGGUACAAGCUCAAAAACUUCACCUGAACAGCCAAAUAAGCAGAAGAGCAGCCGUAAAACAGUUGUUAUUGCUGUUGUUGUAACUGCUGCAGUGACACUGCUUGUUGCUGCACUGCUCUUUUUAUGCUGUCAGAGGGUUUGUGGGACUGGAUCCGGAGCCAGACGAAAAGACGAGAGGCCUCUUUUGUGUUUAAGCUUAAGUGACUAUUCUAUUGGUUCAUCACGGAAGUCAUCUGCAUUAGGAAAUUCACUUAAGAAAGUGAAUCCUGGUAAUCAGUCAUUCCAUACCGACCCGGACCAAAACAAAAUGGGUUCAUGUUUGGAUGGUAAUUUUAACGUAGAGCCAAAUAGUCUGAAUAUCUCAAAAAUUGAAAUUUCAAUGGGGUCUGUUGCUGGUGCUGCAAUAGCACAAAAUUCUGCAAAGAUACCACCGUCUCCUCUGAAACCCCCUCCUGGAAGGUUGGGCACCCCUGAACUGCCUCCUCUGAAGCCUCCUCCUGGAAGGGCAGAUCCCGCUGCACCACCCUCCACUCCUGGCAAGACAGUUCCUCCCCCUCCUCCUCCUCCUCCUCCUCCUAUACCACCUCCAUCUCUAAAACCUCCUUCUGGCGCACCACGUCCUCCCCCUCCAGGACCACCUCCUCCACCACCUAUGGUCCUCAAGACUGGUCCUCGCCCUCCACCGCCUCCAAGCAGUGCUCUCCCUCCGCCUCGGCCGCCUGCCAUGGGCUUGAAACCACCACGAGCUUCACCUCUUGGACCGAGGCAUCCGUCAACUAAGGCUUCUGCUCAAGGGGAUGAGGCUGAUGCUCCUAAAACCAAGCUAAAGCCAUUCUUCUGGGAUAAGGUUCUGGCAAAUCCUGAUCAUUCAAUGGUUUGGCAUCAGAUUAAAUCGGGGUCCUUCCAUUUCAAUGAAGAGAUGAUAGAAACUCUAUUUGGCUAUUCCCCUGCUGAGAGAAACAAGAAUGAGCCCAAGAAGGAGUCUUCAUCCAAGGAUCCUUCAACACAAUAUGUUCAAAUAAUUGAUCAGAAAAAGUCACAGAAUUUAUCGAUUCUUCUGAAGGCAUUGAAUGUGACAACAGACAAAGUUUGUGAUGCACUUCAAGAAGGAAGUGAGCUUCCAUCAGAAAUACUUCAAACUUUGUUAAAAAUGGCACCAACAACAGAAGAAGAACUGAAGCUGAGGCAUUAUAGUGGUGAACUUUCUCGCCUUGGGUCUGCAGAGCGGUUCCUAAAAGUAUUGGUUGACAUCCCAUUUGCCUUUAAAAGGCUAGAAUCAUUGCUUUUCAUGUGGAGUCUGCAGGAGGAAGCAUCAAUUACUAAAGAGUCCUUUGCUACAUUAGAGGCUGCUUGCUUGGAACUCAGAAAAAGCCGAUUGUUUCUCAAACUCCUAGAGGCUGUUCUCAAAACUGGUAAUCGCAUGAAUGAUGGAACCUUUCGUGGUGGUGCACAAGCAUUUAAACUCGACACACUUUUAAAACUAUCUGAUGUAAAAGGAACAGAUGGAAAAACUACACUCUUGCACUUUGUUGUCCAAGAGAUAAUCCGCUCAGAAGGUUCACGAGCUGCCCGUGCAGCUAAAGCUGGCCGUAGCAGGUCCAGCAUCAAGUCUGAUGAUGUCCUUGAGGAUUCUUCUCAUGAUUCAGAAGAGCACUAUCGUAGUAUCGGUCUUCAGGUGGUCUCAGGUUUGGGUGGUGAGCUUGAGAACGUCAAAAAAGCUGCAGUUUUGGAUGUUGAUGGCUUAACAGGAACAAUUGCCAAACUUGGUCAUGGAUUCAUUGAAGCCCGGGAUUUCCUUAACUCGGAUAUGAGGAGUUUAGGUGAAGAAAAUGGGUUCCACCAAGCUCUAAAGAAUUUUGUUCAUAAUGCUGAGGUUGACACAAAAUGGUUAUUUGAGGAAGAGAAGAGAGUAAUGGCUCUGGUGAAGAGCACAACAGAUUACUUCCAUGGGAACUCUGGCAAGGAUGAGGGUUUGCGGUUAUUUGUCAUUGUUCGGGAUUUCCUCAUAAUGUUAGAUAAGGAAUGCAGAGAAGUGAAAGACGCCCCAAGGAGGCCGAAUAGGAUGCUAAGGAAAGAGGAUUCACAACCCCGCCAUUCUCCUUCUCCAGAUCCUCGUCAGAGUCUUUUUCCAGCUAUCACUGACAGACGGAUGGAUAGUUCUAGUUCAGAUGAUGACACUCCAUAGAUCUGUUAGUGGAAGUAUAAAGAAAAGGAUGAUAUGUUAAUCCUAUCAUCAGAAUGCCAUCUGUAGUUCAUAGGAACAUCAAAGAUGGUUGGAAGGGGUUUGAAACCAUGGCACUUAAUACAAGAAAUACUUUGAUAAGAAGACACACAUGACUGAAGCCAGCAAUGGUCUGUUCACCUACACUUAUAACUCUAUUGUUGCAACGAAGAACAGGGGAUUUAAUACAUGGUUCUGAAAGGAUUUUUCGUUCGCGACGGUCCAGUGGUUCAUAAACGGAUAGAAUUUUUUUUGUCUUUAAUUCUUUCACCAUUUUUUGGUGAUAAUGUUUCAUUAAUUUGGAAUUAGAGUAGCCAAUGGAUUGUUUUAUCUUCAGGUGAAUGCAAUUUCAAGUUUUUU